AAGAUGGCGGGGAAAGGUGGUAAAGGACUGCUAGCAGGAAAGACAACAGCAGCAGCGGCAGCAGCAGCAGCCAACAAGGAGAAAGACAAGAAAAGGCCGGUUUCUAGGUCUUCUCGUGCAGGUCUCCAGUUUCCAGUGGGUAGAAUUCACCGUCAACUCAAGUCCAGAACUGCAGCACAUGGAAGGGUUGGAGCCACAGCAGCUGUUUACUCUGCUGCAAUUCUGGAAUACCUGACAGCAGAGGUUCUUGAACUGGCUGGUAAUGCAAGCAAGGAUCUCAAAGUGAAGAGGAUCACACCCAGGCAUUUGCAGCUAGCCAUCCGUGGAGAUGAGGAACUUGACACCCUUAUUAAAGGGACCAUUGCUGGUGGUGGUGUCAUCCCUCACAUUCACAAAUCACUCAUAAACAAAACCACCAAGGAGUGAAAUGUUCCUGCUUUAACUUUGUUGUCUCUUGACUUAAAUGACAGUUGGUGUUAGUGUCUCUUCGCUGUUAUCUGGUUUGAUAUUAGUAGUCUUGUAUCUUGAUUUAGGAACAAUUUCAGCUUCUCAGUCAUGUUUGAUCAAGUAAAACUUGUAGGAUGUAGUGGACAUUGGAACUGUUAAUUUGAUGCUUAUAUCGUUGUGUUGUCUGUUGGUAUAUGAAUGUCAUUCUACCUGUUGGUAUAUGAAUGUCAUUCUACCUGUUGCUUUA